UACAUCCAACAGUUCUGUUCAACAAUCGGACCGAUUCGAAGCAGGGAAAGAUGGCUGUUCGUCUGACGAUCGUGUGUUUCGUUCUCGUCAGCUUGAUCGACCGCUUCAACUGCCAAACGGAGUGCACUGGACCGGAUCAAGCGUUUCCCCACGAGAAUGAUUGCACGCUGUACUACAUCUGUUCCGACGGCUACAAGUAUCAGCUGUCGUGCUUUAGCGGGUACCACUUUUCGCCCGUAACGCUGCGCUGCGAACCACCCGAGACGGCCCAGUGUGAUCCUUCGUUCCCGACGACGGUUUCGAGUCCGAUUCCCAGCGGCCCCACAAUACCAACAACACCGAGUCCCACGUAUCCGUCCAAUCCGACCGUCACGUUGACCGGCAUGGAACCAACAACAACAACAACAACAACGCUGUCAUCCAGCAUGGAAACGGAAACCACUACCACGUUCACUGUUCCGACGGUUCCGACAGAACCGCCACCAACAGUUCCGACCGCCCCAGAAUCAACUGUAACGGACCUGUCGUCAACAAGCGGUGUAUCGACGGAACCGUCGGAAACAACGGACACCGACACUACGUUAACUCUUCCGACGGUUCCGACAGAACCACCACCAACAGUUCCGACCGCACCAGAAACAACUGUAACGGACCUGUCGUCAACGAGCGAUAUGUCGACGGAACCUACUAUUCCUACAGUUCCGACAUCACCGCCACCAACGGCACCGACCGCACCAGAAACAACUGUAACGGACCUGUCGUCAACGAGCGAUAUGUCGACGGAACCGAAUAUUCCGACGGUUCCGACAUCACCGCCACCAACGGCACCGACCGCCCCAGAAUCAACUGUAACGGACCUGUCGUCAACAAGCGAUAUGUCGACGGAACCGAAUAUUCCGACGGUUCCGACAUCACCGACACCAACGGCACCGACCGCCCCAGAAUCAACUGCCGUCACGGACUUAUCGUCAACAAGCGAUGUGUCGACGGAACCGACGGAAACAACUACGCUCACUAUUCCGACGGUUCCGACAUCACCGAUACCAACGGUACCAACAGCACCACCAGCCGAAUCAACUACCACCGAAGACACAAUAUCACCGGAUGGAACAGACGGGACAGAUGAGCCGACCUCGACGGAUCCUACUGCGUCACCAAACAAUACGAUUACGAACGAGCUCACCGCAACGGAUCCGGGUGAGCCGAUGAAAUCUUUUGCUUUUGAAAUAGUGACGACGGUCGCGGAAAUGGGAAAGAGUGCUUUCGUAACGCUUUGUGCGUUGAGCUUGUUUGUCUACGUGCACGCACAGACACCUGACGCACGCUGCCCACUGGUGGACAAUCCUCCGUUCCAUCUACCACACGAAACAGACUGCACGCUGUUUUACACCUGCUCCUAUGGCAGAAAGUAUCUAAAGACGUGCCCACCGAACCAACAUUUUGGAUUCGCCAUACAACGGUGCGACCAUCCGUUCUUUGCCGAGUGUAAUCUUGGUGGUACACCGACCGCUGUGCCCACCACCCAGGCGCCCACUAUCCCAACCACGAUGCCAACGCCGAUCCCUACUACAGUGCCUACCACAGUGCCUACCACAGUGCCCACCACAGUGCCCACCACAGUGCCUACCACGGUGCCCUCAACAGUUCCAACUGCAUCACCAACGACCGCACCGACCACAGUAGUACCAACGGCUCCCACUCCGGGACCUACGACCGUAACGGCGCCUACCACUACGGUGUCCACUACUACAACUGCCACGACACCGACCACCAGUACGCCAACAACUACUACGGCAAGUCCUGAGAUACCGACCGCUCCCACGGUAACAACAGCGGUUCCAACACCGGUGCCAACAAAUCCAACAACUGUCGCACCAGUUCCAACCGCUCCAACGCCAGCUCCUUCGGUUCCAACGGCUCCAACGCCAGAACCUACCACCAUUCCCACGGUACCCACAGCACCGAUUCCGACCGUUCCAACGGCACCCCCUGCACUCCUGCGCUUGCUAGUACUGCUGAUCGUCCUUUGCUGUGGUCAGGAAACGACAACCACACUCGAACCGGGCGAUGAACCAUUCGUGGAGGUACUGUACCGGCGCAUCCUACGGCUGCGUUGUCCCGAGGGUCAGCGAUGGUUCAACAUGUUGAAAAUCUGCAUCUUCGUCCCGACGGCACCGACGGCCGCACCAACGAUAGAUAACGAAACCGGCGUAUACUAUCUGCCCGAGGUUCGCACGAAGAUCCUGAUGCGGGCUGCCACAUACGCCUCUGACUGUGACCUCUACAGCCUCAACAUGAUCUGUCCGCGGUGGGUAGUGUCUGCGACGAGUUUUGCCGUGAUAGCAUCGUUGCUGCACUGCUGCAUCGCCGUUGAUCCGUGUACGACGACCGGUAGUACCGUACCGCACCCAGCCGACUGUCGCAAGUAUCUGGAGUGUGCGGAGGAUAAGCUCAUACUGCUGACGUGCAGUAAUCAAUACUACAACGCUUCCAUCGGUGCGUGCACGACCGAAGCGCCGGAAAGUUGCAGAAAGCGCAAGGAUGCGGCAUCAGAGUCGCAGCUCGGCGAAACCUACCUGGGACGUGCGGUUGUCGAUCCGUGUGCAUCGUACAGGCCCGGCGUCAAACUGCCCCAUCCAACCAACUGUGGCCUGUUCUAUCAAUGUACCCAGUCCGGGUCGGCACUGUUCGCCUGCCCAUCCAAUUUGCUGUUCCACGCCACGAUGAAGGUUUGCGUUUGGCCACAGCAGGUGCAAUGUGCUCCGGGAGCCGUGCAGCCCCCGCCAACAUCAACACCGUUGCCGGGACCGGGUGACGGCGACGACAAUAACGAUGGUAGCAUUGUGCUGCCGGAUGACAUCUGUGAACCGGGCUGCUUCCUGGACCUGCGGUGCCCAGUAGACUGUGAUCCGAUCCUGCCACCGAAGCUGUUCCCACAUCCGAGCCGGUGCGACGCGUACUUCACCUGCAACACGCACGGAUAUGCGUGCGAAACCGUGUGUCCGAUCGGCAUGUGGUUUAGCAGCUUUUUCCGGCGCUGUGUGACACCGGAACUGGCCGAGUGUACACCGACCAUACCGCCGCUCUGCGACGACCCGAUCUGUCUGCCCAAUCCGGACUGCCCCGUACCCGAUACGGUACCGCCGACAAAACUGCCGCACCCGGAUCGAGACGAUUGGUACUACAUCUGUCGCGAUGGAUCGUCCUGUCAGAUGUCCUGCCCACCAGGUCUGGUGUGGUUCCCCAUUACGAGAGAGUGCGACGUGCCGGAAGAUGAGGAAAUUACGACGACAACGGUGACAACGACUACCACCACUACUGAGGCUCCAACGACUACCACCACUACUGUGGCCCCAACCACCACCACCACUACCGUGGCUCCAACCACCACCACCACCACAACUGUGGCCCCAACCACCACCACCACCACUACGGUGGCCCCAACCACCACCACCACCACUACCGUGGCUCCAACCACCACCACCACCACUACGGUGGCUCCAACCACAACGACGACUACUCAGGCACCAACAACUACCACCACGACCGUCGCUCCCGUCACCACGACCGUCGCUCCCGUCACCACGACGACGACGCAAAUUUCUACCACCCCCGAGGUGGACUGUCCGACCUGCCCACCCUCCAACUGCUACCCGGACACACGCUGUCCAAAGUGCGAAAAGUGUGAUCCCACCUUCUUCCCGCACGAAGACUGCGACAAGUACUACAAGUGCAGCUUUGGCCUGAUCUGCGAGAUGAGAUGUCCGCCCGGGUUGCACUUUAACGCGCGCGAGAACGUGUGCGACUGGCCGGGGCAGGCCGGCUGCGAGUAUCCGCCCAUCAUCGAAGACCCGCCAGAGAAUGUGGCCUGCCUGCCGGAUUCACGCUGUCCACCGGGCAACGGUAUCGAGGUGUUCCUGCCCCACCCGUCCGACUGCACGCUGUUCUACAAGUGUAGCUGGGGCAAUGCCUGUCUGAAGGAGUGCCCCGAUGGGCUGCACUGGAGCGCGACCAAGAUGCGCUGCGAGUGGCCAUUCCUGGCCGGGUGCGAUCCCAACAUACCGCCCAACGAUCCGAACUGUCCCACGUGCCCGUGCCUACCGUGCCGUUCGAACCGGAACGCGUGCCACCCGUCGCAGCGUUGCCCACCGGCCAACAUGCAGACGACCACGAUCAGCUUCAGCCACGAGCUGUACUGCAACCGUUUCUACGAGUGUCUUGCCGGGCAGGCCUGCGUGCUCGAGUGUCCGCACGGUCUCGAGUACAGUGGCGGCGUGGGACGGUGCGACGAGCCCAGCAAAGCUCAGUGCAGCCGUUGGUGGAAGUAGAGCACACACACACAAACAGAACAGUUUAUAAUAAUCUAAAACGCAAAUCAAGAGUAAUACCGAAAUAUAUGCUACUACUUUUACUAACAUAAUGCAAAAAAAAA